AAACCUCGUCAUAGGGUUCCAACCUCUCACACGUAACGGACAAACUUCUCCACGACUCCACCUAUUUGAGUUGCAGGGGCUAAUUGCUGCAGCGACCACCGGUCUCGAUCUCGGCAUUGCCAGCUGUAGGAACAGUGAAAUUGAACUCAUCGCUGGUUGGGGAACCAUCUGUAAGACGACUACAGUUUCCAUCUUCCCAGUAGUCACAGAGAGAGGAGCAUAAACUACGGUUAGUGUGUCUGAGAAGUUCCAUGGAUAACAGUGAUAAAGGCAAUGUACCCAUGCAACUUUCGCCAGAGGCUCUCUCUUUCUUGGCUGAGGGGAUCUCCUUGGUUCUUUCCCGAUGGACUGCACUUCAAGUGGCCAUUGAGAAUGAGUGGGGUGGCCGGGACUCCCACCAGAAAUCUGAACAACUUGCUGCCAACAUCUAUUCUUGGUUCUCCCAAUCAAAAGAGCCACAUUACAUUGAUGAUUUAGAAAACAUGCUCGAUGAAAGCAUGGUGCUUUCUUUCAAUACUGAGAUUGAGGAUGGCAGCAUUGAGGAGGUGGCAGAAAAGUUAAUGGUCAUGCAUGAGGACUGUCUGCAAGGCAAUUAUGGAUCAAUUGAAAAGCUAAGGAAAUCCAACUCUGGAAAAGAAGCCAUUUCUCAAAGCAGAAGGGUGAUAAAUGAAGAUGACGAGGACAGCUCGAAUGACGAGGUAUCAGACAUGGUGCUUGAUGAUCCCAAACCAAGAUUAAAUCCAAUUCCCAAGGCAAAACCAAUCGAUGAGAAGCAGAUAAUAGAAACGGUAGAAGCGGAAGAUGGAUGGUCUGUAGUUGGCCCUAGAAGAAACAAGGGUAAAAGGAAUUAUUAGGCAAGGUUUUGGUCAAAAUGUCUAAUUUUUGUCCCUAGAAGAAACCGGAAUUCUUCUUUUUGUCCUCAAAAUGUCUAAUUUUCUAAGUUUUGGUCAUUAUUACUAUACAAGGACUCUUGUAAUAUGCUUUGCAGAUGGCCCAAUGAAAGGCAAUUUCUUGAUAA